AUGUCGUUUCAAAAGCCUUUGGUAAUGGUCAGUGGAGCUACUGGUGCUCAAGGAGGAUCUGUCGCCAAUUCCCUCCUCGCAACAGGAAAAUAUAGAGUCCGUGCUCUUACACGUAACCCUGAAUCUGAUAAAGCAAAAGCCCUUGUUGCAAAGGGUGCCGAAGUUUUCAAGGCAGACCUUUCCAUUAAAGAAGAUGUCAAGAAUGCGCUUAAUGGCUCUGAUAUCGCAUAUAUUGUCACCAAUUUCUUUGAUCCGUCCAUUUACCCAAAUAACAUGGCUGAAGAAGAAAGACAAGGUAAAGUGAUUGCCGACGUCGCUAAAGAAGUUGGAUUGAAUUGGCUUAUUUAUAGUUCUCUUCCUGAUACCAUCGAGGGAUUCGAAGAACAUAAUUACAAUGUCGUACAUUUUUACGGUAAGAAACGCCAAUUUAUUAUAUGGUCUUUAUACGAUAUUAAUAUAUUCAAGUACAUAGAACUUUGGAUAUUCCGAACUCCGCAUUUAUCUACAAAAGAUGAUGGAACAUCUGAAUUUAUUGUUCCAUUGGUCAAAGAAGACACCACUAUUGAGAUUGUUGACUCUGAAACUGACACUGGCCCCGUUGUAGCCAAAAUUAUUGAAGAAGGGCCAGAAAAGUGGAAUGGAAAGAAAGUUCCUGUUACUUCGGAACGCAUUACUUUUGGAAAAAUUGCCGAAAUAUUGACUAAAGUUACUGGAAGACCAUUUAAGCUUCGCACUCCCAGUCGCGAAGAAACGAAAAAAGAAUUUCCCUUCUUGGAUAGUGAAGAAUUACUCGAUAUGAAUCGUUGGUUUAAUGAAUACGGUCUUUUUCGCUCUGACCCUGAAGUUUGUGACAUUUCCAUCACUAAAGUUUUACAUCCAAAUAUUACUACUUUUGAACAAUAUGCUUACAAAAAAUGGGUAAUAAGUAAUAACAACUUUUAA